AAAGAAAACCUUUAGAUCCACGUACAACAAUGGCUUUCAGUCGAUUUUCAAAGCUCGUACUCUCUCUCUGUCUCAUUCACUUCAUUUCAGGUGGUUACUCGGCGACGUUUACGAUUACAAACAAGUGCAGCAACACAAUUUGGCCGGGCAUUUUGUCAAACUCCGGGACGGCGCAGCUUUCUACUACCGGGUUUGCUUUACAAUCCGGGGAGUCUAGCUCGAUAGCCGUUCCGGCUUCGUGGUCGGGUAGGCUAUGGGGGCGGACUCUGUGCUCUCAGGACCCGACCACGGGAAAGUUCAGUUGCGUUACGGGAGAUUGUGGCUCGGGUACUGUCGAUUGUGCCGGAAGUGGAGCUGCGCCUCCGGCAAGUCUGGCGGAGUUUACCCUGAACGGAGCGGACGGGCUGGACUUCUACGACGUCAGCCUCGUGGACGGAUACAACCUCCCCAUGUUGGUCGUGCCCCAGGGCGGGACCGGAGGCAACUGCACCACCACGGGCUGCGUCGUGGACCUCAACGCCGGGUGUCCGUCGGAGCUGAAGGUGACCACGGCGAGUAACAGUGGCGUGGCGUGUAAAAGCGCGUGCGAGGCGUUUGGGGAUCCCAUGUACUGCUGCAGUGGGGCGUACGCGACCCCUGACACCUGCAAACCGAGCUCGUACUCUCAGUUCUUUAAAAAUGCGUGCCCCAAAGCGUACAGCUACGCCUAUGACGACGGCACCAGCACCUUCACUUGUGCCGCCGCCGACUACCUCAUCACUUUCUGCCCAGCCCCCGCCACCAGUGUGAAGUCGGCGAAUGGCCAAAUCCCUGUUGCGGCCGGCGUCUCAGCCGGUUCACGUCGUUCGAUACCGAACGUCAUCGUUUUCGCCACCUUGUUGGCGGCAGUUUGGCGGUUGCUGCCGCUAUUCUGAUUCCUCUUCGCGGGUUUCAUACUAUUCAAUCAUUUACGAACGAGUCUCAGACUCCAAGAUCGACCUAGUUUUAGACUGUGGUGGGCCCACGCAAAUUUUGACAAGAAGCGGGAGCCAAUUAUUCUUCUGACGUGGCUAGACUCGAGAGCAUUGUCCUGUCUUUUGCCCUAGAUUCAAAUUGUUAGGGCAAAAGCUUUAAUGAUAGAAACAAACACAUGCAGCAAAUUGUACACACGGUGAUCCACGUCCUUGGAGUUGAAAGAACAAAUCAGGAGCGUUGCUUUUUGCGGCCAUGAUGGGAUUUCAUUUUUUUAAUUGUUGUUAUUUAUGUUUUUUAGAUCAGAAUCUGUGAAAUAAAUAAUAGGAAGAAGCUAGCUAAGCUAGAAUGUCAUUAGCUGGAAAUACAAUUCUUUUUGCAACUAAUGCCAAAGAGAUGGAGCUAAUGUGAUGUAUUCUCCUUUUUAGUGUAUAUAAUUUGGGAGCUAGUAUUUAAUUCAUCAUUUUUCUUUUGUCA